UUGGCUGUGUCUGUCUCCGAAUACCCUCUCUCAACCCGGCUAGGUUCUAACAUUCAUUCGAACCAGUCGAACCACGUUUGAUUACCUAUUUCCAAUACCGAACGGGCCAUCGCGUAGUUCAUACGCAUGGUUCAGGUUGACCGUUAAUAUAAUAUUGUCUACCACAAUUCAUCAGCCUCGGCCAAGCCAAUGUCUCUCUUUCCCCCUGCUGGCGCUUUAGACCUUCUCCAGCGUUUCGGUAGCCAAUCACAGACCCAGGACCGGCGACGGCGGUAACCUUGCCCAGCUGGACUCAUUGUCAAUACGAUGGGGUCUGGGCUUCUGUCAAGGGCUAUGGCAGUGAACUGUUCUCUUGACCUUCCGCAGAAACUCGGAUUCUUCAGCUUCCUGCCGAGUCAGUCGUGAACCCACCCUAGGGUAAACCGAUACCCUACUGCCUUCUAGAAGCCACCUUAGGGUGUCUCGUCGCAUUGCAAGAGAUGCGACUGCGCCGCAUGCAACGCAAUCUCUUUUGCUACCAAAGCUCAGGUCGAGUAGAAAAGAAGGUUCACCUUGAGGCCAGUGAAAUACGAGGGUGAACCCCGUCUUUACAAACAUCAAUAAGACACCCCCGCGCGUUCCGAGUGCCCCAUUCAUCCAGAGAGUUGCAUGCAAUCCUACUCUGAAUGGGUUUUCAGCCGUGAUGGGAUUCGUUUCCUACAUCAUCAUGCUUGCUUGGCCAUGGUGCACAUCAAGCAACGAUCUUCAGACACGCAUCAGUAGCGUUUCUAUCAGGCUGUCUGGGGUGGUGGUGGUGGCCGAGAGUUCCAACGUUCUUAUACGAUGAUUAUCCUGCAAUUGAUGAUGACAAGACUAGGAUGUAAUGCGAGUCCCAUGCUUUCUCUCCAUGUGGGUGGUUGUCUUGCGCUCUUGCAGUAUGGUUGUGGCUGUCUUACUGGCUGCGGAUGCAACACACGCCGCACCUCAACACAACGUCGAUUUUCGCAAAGUGUAACAGUUAGUCUUCCUCUCAUACAACCCUGGUCUCGGCAGGUACCUCUAGCAGAAAUAUCGUCCGCUCUGCAACUUAAUCAGGUGGGAUCCUUUCCUCCGUGGAUCCACGCCGACAUUCUGACACGGGGAUGCAAACUCCGCCAUUUUGUCCUGGCCAGCUCUGGGACUAACAAGAACUCCUAACCACUCUUGGCCAGUGUUCAAAAAUAGCACCCUGUUCAGCCUUACGAGCCAGUCCCCACCACCUUGGUUAUUAUCCUUGUCAAUGUCACAUUCAAGUCCAGUCAAUCCUCGCCAACCCUGCAAAACAAACAACCACUGGCGGAGAACCUCUUACGGAUACGGAAAGCUCCUUCAAAUCAUAUCGAGCAUCACAGAUAUAUACCUUGUCUAGGACUUUUCUCUCUCUUUUCUUUCGAACCAAUGCUUUAUGCGUACAGGGUAUAAUACCUGUCUUAUUCCACUUCUUGGCCUCGAGUCAUCCAUCGUCAUCGCUCAAAUUGCCUUUUUAAGAGUUAGCAAAUUAUUGCCUUCAGCCUCGUGUUUCGACGUGGGCCUUGCUGACAAGGAAAUGACUUACACAAGUCUGACUGGCGCAGCACAACAAAAACACUCACGGAGAACAAGCUCGGCGCAAUUCGACAGCAACGGAUUGCUCGGCCUCAUUGAUUGCGCAAGUUACGCGACGACUCUUGCCACUCUCAGAAGCCAAUUACUCGCGUUCGUGUCCAGUUUCAGAUACUUCGGGCGCGUCUAUCCGUAGCAGCAUCCCAAUCAUCAUCGUCGCAAGCGUUGGUUCGCGAUGAACAAUGACAUUCGCUCCACCUGGGAUGCCCAGCCAUGAACCGGCCAUUACAUCUCACCGCUUGGCCUAAGCGCGGAUCUAACCAGCCUCUUGACAUCCCAUACCACUAUAGCCCAGAUAUCAAGCUUCAUCAUUGACUCCGCAACGCCCGAUCCUCAUGGCCGUUAAUUAUGCUUACUUCAGAAAAACUCAAACUUGGCUGGAUUUGAACCCACCUUGGUUAUUGGUUGAUUUCACAUGAAUUGAUGAACUCACAUGAUUUAGACUCAUGCGGUCAGCUACAUUAGCCGAAUCUCUUGUCUAAGGAAAAGCAAACAAAUCUCAAGAUCCUUGUCCUGAAGAAAGAGACGUAAGUACAGCGACGACGACCGAGACUUGUUGAGGCGGAAUAUGAGGCUCAGUAAGGGGAUACCAGGCAUCGAACACCACAGCGUAAUUGGUUUAGUGGUAAAAUUCUCCGUUGCCAUUCGAGCAGCGUCGGGGAGCCCUGGGUUCGAUUCCCAGAUUACGCAUUACAACAGUCACUCCAAUGAGUGAUCAGAUCUUUUGCUUGUUGGCAUACAAUCGCUUUUUGCUGGUCUAUGGGCAACUUCCUUGCUGUGCAAGAACUGAUGAUACUGGUCUGUUGAAGAAACAGGUGAUCUGACUGGCCCGAAACUUCUCAUCAUAGGUGGCCCCCUUACACAUCAUUCAAACCAUCUGAUUCGAGGAAGUUUUGUCCCGCAGGAUAUUUCUUUCAGGUGGAACGAAGAAGAUGGCUUGCGCAUGACCAAGCCUCUUUGAGAAUAUAACUCAUGGAUCACCGCUCCUGGAAACCAAUACCAGCCGCAUUAUCGGUGCUGGAGCCCCUCCUGUUGGUGUACUAUGGUCAAGUUGAGCAAAUCGGUAAGGCACAGAAGCAUGAGGCUGGCUGACAAGCCUCGGCGCUAUCCUCACAACUUGGAAGUUAGUGAGGGCCUCGGUCCCGAUGACUUGGAAUUGCCCUCUAUCGAAUGCCUUGGCGUCAAGCCGUCUCCGGCAGUGCAUCUUAGUUUGAUUGACUAACUAUGACCGUUGACCUGGUGGUUGGUUCUCAAGUGCCACUGACCGACUUCCCCGGAAAAAGCUAGUUCUGAGUUCAAGAGCAAGUGUAUUUCAUAGGCAACUAUCAACUCGCUUGCGCUCAUGUCUACCGUGCAAAAUUGCAU